GGCCAAUGAGAAUGAGUUUAAGGUCACGUGAGUCAGAAACAUGGCCGAAAAAAGUGGCUGACAGUAACAAUGUAGAAUUAUCCGGGACUAAUGGACUUUAUUAAGUCAGGAAUUUACUGGUAUUCGUAUCCAUUUGUGCGGUAAAUCACAUUUCACAUUGAAGUGCCUCUGUAGAAACCGUUUUAUGAGUGUCUUUAGUUGUCUCUGUCUUUAGUUAAUGUCAAAUGCACCAGAACAAUUAUCUACGAUAAAGAACAUUUAACGUUCUGCCUUCGUGGGUCGUGGGUCAUACGUUUUCUGCUUCCGUUUGAUGACAUCCCUCGGUACUGUGGCACACGAUGAAACUGCGUGUGCAGCUGCAGUGCAAGAAUUUGCAUGAGUACCUGAGGGAGCUGAGUCCUGAGAUACUGGACAGACUAUACAACCAUCCGGCAACAUGUCUGGCUGUCUACAGGGAGCUCCCCUCUCUCGCCAAGAAUUAUGUGAUGCGUAUGCUGUUCCUGGAUCAGCCUCUCCCUCAGGCAGCCGUGGCACUGUGGGUUAAAAAAGAUAGUCAGAAGGAUCAUGAUGAAUGUGUUUCAGUGUUGGCCGGACUCCGCCUUUGGCACAGUCAACAGCUGCAGGGUGGUCUGCAGGGGUACAUUUUAAAUCCAGUGUUCAAAGACAACCUAAGGACAGCCCUGCUUGGCGGGGGCAAAGUGUGGGCUGAUGAGGGGAGCACUCUGGGUCCCGACCGCCAUGCACGGGACAUUGAGAGUCUUGACCGCUAUGCCAUGGAGCGUUGGGAGGUCAUUCUGCAGUUCAUGGUGGGUUCUCCCAGUGCUGUCAGUCAGGACUUGGCUCAGCUGCUGGUUCAGGCAGGCCUUAUGAAAAGUGAGGCAGGGGAGGCGCCCUACAUUACCUCAGCUGGCUUCCAGUUCCUCCUACUGGACACAGCCUCUCAGCUGUGGUAUUUCACCUUGCAGUACCUCAAAACUGCUCAGUCCAGAGGGAUGGACCUGGUGGAGAUCUUGUCAUUCUUAUUCCAGCUCAGUUUCUCUACUCUUGGCAGAGAUUACUCAGUGGAGGGUAUGAGUGAGUCAUUACUGACUUUCCUGCAGCACCUGCGGGAGUUCGGACUGGUUUUCCAGAGGAAGAGGAAGUCGAGGCGUUACUAUCCCACCAGGCUAGCAAUCUCUCUGGCUGCAGGUGUUACUAGCAGAUCCUCGUCGUCCUCCUCCAACAUGGCGUCCACUCCCAGUACUGGAGAGACAGGCUUCAUUGUGGUAGAAACCAAUUAUCGGAUCUACGCCUACACAAAUUCUGAACUUCAGAUCGCUCUGGUGGCUCUCUUCAGUGAAAUGCUGUAUCGAUUCCCUAAUGUAGUGGUAGCUCAACUUACACGGGAGUCAGUGCAACAGGCCAUCGCCAAUGGCAUCACUGCACAACAGAUUAUCCACUUUCUAAGGACCAGAGCUCAUCCUGUUAUGCUCACACAGACCCCAGUGCUGCCUCCAACCAUAACGGAUCAGAUCCGACUGUGGGAGCUGGAAAGAGAUCGACUGCAGUUCACAGAGGGAGUGCUCUAUAACCAGUUCCUGUCCCAGGCUGAUUUUGAGGUGCUGCGAGACAGAGCUCAGGGUCUGGGCUGUCUGGUGUGGCAGAAUGUGGCUCAGAGGGUGAUGGUGGUGACAACGCAGGGACAUAGUGAGGUCAAGAGGUUCUGGAAACGACAGAGGUCUCACACGUAACCAGAGGAAGAUAAACCAGGAGCAGUGACAUCACACCUGUGGAUGGCUAGUCCUGUCAUGUCCAGGGAGUUUCCUGUUUUUCACAGUGUUCAUUGCUGGCAGUACUAUAAGAAAGAGAUGACUGUAUAUGUUUUAUAAACUGCUGACUUCUGUAUAUUUUG